AUGGAGAAGAUAAGAAGUUUAUCUGGUGAUGUAGGUGUUGGCAUUCUUUUAUUGGCCUUGUUUUGUAUUAGCAUAGCAUUUGGCACACCAGCAUGGUUGAUCAGUGAUCCUAGAAUAAUAGGUGCUCAAUUUGAUAAAUUGGGUCUUUGGACGCAUUGCUUUAGAUCCUUACCAAGCCCUUAUGAAUCUGAUGCACCUACACAAUUUUUUGUAGGUUGUAGAUGGGUUUAUGAUCCAUUUACUAAGGGAUAUGAUAAUAUUCGAAGCUUUUUAAUGCCACCUUUUAUGAUAGCUACUCAAUUUUUUUUCACAAUGUGUUUUCUACUUGUCCUAAUAUCAUUUGGAUUAAUGCUGCUGUUGGUAUUAUGCUGUGGUCCGGAGGAAAAAAAAUAUAUCCUACUUAUUAAAAUUAUUAGUUAUUUAUUAUUCACAAGUGGUCUGCAUGGUUCUAUAGCUGUCAUUAUAUUUGCAUGUUGUGGAAAUAAGGAUGGUUGGAUGCCAGGUCAUGAAAAUAAUUAUUUCGGAUGGUCUUUUGCAAUGGCUGUAGUUGGCACUACCUUAGCUCUUAUAGCAGGUAUACUGUUCCUUACUGAAGCAAAUAUACAGAAAAAGAAGCGUAAAUAUUUAAAAGAAUCUCAAAUACGAUUUCAAUUAGAAUCAAAUACAUAGAGUUUGCACUUAUGUUGAAGCAUCAUACAACAUUCCUUUGGAAGAGGUUUAUUACUUUAGUGAAAAGAGUCAAUAUACUUAUUUAUAUACAAAAUAAUUAAUGCUGUCUUUUUUUAAAUAGGAAAGAAAACUUAAAAAAUUAAUCUUUUAUACUCAAUUUUAAGAUAUAAAAAACAUAUAACUAUAUACGUCAAAACUACGCUUUUUAUAUCGAUCAUAUAUUUGCUUUGUGAUUGUCCUAAUAUUUCAUAUGUAUUUUUUUU